AUGGAUCGGGCUCUAGUGAAGUUAUUGCGCCAUACCGGAAAAGCCGAGGGGUUGAUUAUUGAUACUGAGGGCUUCGUGGCUUUCGACCACAUCACUCGUUUACCCCGCUUCAGAGGACUUCAGCCAUCUGAUUUAUACAAGAUUGUUAGAGACGAUAAGAAAGGACGGUUGGAGUUACGGGCCCGUCCGUUUCUCCAAGUAAGGGCGGUUCAGGGGCAUUCCAUGCCGGUUUGCCCCACGAUGGAAGUUGUUCAUCCCCCCACCAUGAUUCAUGGAACCGACAAUCGUGCUUGGGCGAUAAUCCAACGGGAUGGACUUCGCCUUAUGGGGAGACAGCAUGUGCACGCUGCAUCUGCACCAACAGCCAGAGCAGGUCUGCGGGCCAGCUCUACCAUUUUAGUGUACCUAAAUACUCAUGCCAUGAUUUCUUAUGGCAUGAGGAUUGUUAGGUCAGUUAAUGGUGUUUUGUUAACACAGGGAGAUCAUGGACUCAUAUGUCCAUGUUUCUUCCUAAGGGCUGUUGACAGGUAUAGUGGUGAAGAACAGAGAUUCUGUUGUCGCCAUCAUGUUGUAUAG